AUGUGUGCGUCUCUGUACCUGUUUGUGGCAGUGUUUGUGCAGGUGGGGGUGGUGUGCAAGCAGCUGGGCUGUGGCACAGCACUGUCAGCCCUGGGCGUUGCUCAGUUCGGUCACAGGGCCGGCGACAUCUGGCUGGAGGGCGUGAGCUGCUUGGGCCAGGAGUCUCUCAUCACUGAGUGCCAGCUGAGCUGGCUGGGUCCCAGGCUGUGUGGCCGUGGCUCCGAGGCCAGCGUGGUGUGUGCUGGGCAGGCCGGCCCUGGGCUACUCUGCUCUGUGCUCCUCAGCCCGGGUGCCCUCGUGGUGCUGAUCUGUGGGGCCCUGCUCUGCUGGAGGAGGCGUCGGGACAGAGCUGCUGGGAACCCCCUGGGCCAUGUGCAGCUGGAGGAGCUGGGGGCUCCAGGGACCCCGGCCUGGCCCCAGGGAGUGGCAAAUCCAGAGCCCCCUGAGGAGUCCCACAGUGAGAUGACCUGGCUGGUGAGGGAAGACGCGGUGCUGUGAGAGCCGCAUGCCGGCCGGGCUGGGCUGGGCUCAGCCUGCAGUGAGAGACGGGCUGGUGGGAUCCUGCACAGAGCAGCCCCAGGGCUGCCAGCUGCCUGGGCUGUGGGGACCCUGAUGGAGCUCAUCUGGGAGCUGGGACUACUGGCUGGAGGUCUCAGCUCCCCCAUUACUUUCCCCAGCUGCCUUGGAAAGGUCCCCUGCUCCAUCCCACCCCACCCCCCCGCCAGCUUUUCCUGGUGCAGCUCCCAUGUCCAUCCCUGAGCAGCCUGUGCCCAGCCAUGCAGAACCAUUGUCAGGUGCACAGGGACAGCCGGCUCCUUCCCCACAAAGCAACCACCCCCACAUUUAGACGAGCUAUGGAGAGAGACUGACUACGGGUGUCUGCCUAUGUCCGAUGCACCAG